CACGUGAGAAACCCACUGAACAGAAGAGGCUGAAGGACGGGGAAAGAGGGAGAGAGAGAGAGAGAGAGAUACAGGGCCGCAAAAUUACGCGGAAGACAAGGGUUGUUUUUGUUGCGGAGGAGCCGGACGUGGAGGAAACGGCGGAGAUCUCUGAUGAGGGAAUGCCGAAAAGCAGAGCAGACACACGGCCAGAGCACCAGACAUGAGUUCGAGGUGGCAGACUGAAGACGAUGCUGGAUGCCAUGGACGUUCCAAGUCAUGCUAGGGAUCUCCUCCUGCAGCUCAACAGCCAGCGCACCAAGGGCUUCCUGUGUGAUGUUAUCAUUGUGGUGCAGAACGCCCUCUUCAGGGCUCACAAGAACAUUCUGGCCGCCAGCAGCCUCUACUUGAAAUCGUUGGUGGUCCAUGACAAUCUCAUCAACCUCGACCACGAGAUGGUGAGUCCGGGGGUGUUCAGGGUCAUUCUGGACUACAUCUACACGGGCCGCCUCACUGAGGGAGACCCCACUUCUCCAACUGAACCCAAUCUGGGGGCCGUCCUGGCAGCAGCCAGCUACCUUCAGCUGCUUGACUUAGUGGCGUUGUGCAAAAAGAAGCUGAAAAGACAUGGCAAGUACCCGCCGCGCCUGGGCCCUGCUUUUCUGCCCUAUCCAAAGAUGGGACCAAAUAGCAUGGGGUUAGGGAGUGGUGGCAGGUACAGAGUUUCCACUCCAGUCAUUCAACCCUGCCCUCCAGGAGGUAUUUUGAAUAGCCAUGCGCCCCGGGCCCCACCACUAGAGGAGCUAAUUCCCCAUCGAUUAGCCAUCCAUGCUGGGGAGUUGUAUGCUCCCACCUCCACCCAGGGCUCUCAGGUGUUCCCGUCCCUGCAGUCAGCUUUGCCUGCCCAGCUUGGGCGUUCAGCCCAUCACGACAGGAACUGCUCCCCCAACUAUGGCCUCGAUCUCUCUAAGAAAAGCCCCAACUCCCAGUCUCAGCACACUCACUCCCAUCUGGCAAACAGUCACAACGAUGAGGAGCGAGACGGGACUCUGAGCGGCCGCACGAGUCCCAUGCACGGGAUGAACGGCAGGGUCUUCCCCCCUGAGAAAAUGGAGUCCACCGACCAAGCAAGCUCCCUCACUCCUCCACCUUUUCCCCAUCUCAACCAGUCCCUUGGCCCCCAUCAUCCCCACCUGCACCGCUCAGGCACCCAGGGCACAGAUCGCUACCCAUGCCCCCCCAGCCCUGACACCCCCACGGAAGGUGGCGAGGCAGGCAGGGAAAUGGGCAACAUCUACCGCUGGGUGAAACACGAGCCACUGUCAUAUACAGCUGAAGAUGAAGAUGAGGACGAGGACGAGGACGAGGGGGGUGAAAACGGAGACCGGCAUCACAACCACCACAAGGUUGGGGAGGAGAGUGAAGGAGCAGAUGACAAGAGCGGGUCCGGCACAGAGGAGACGGGGAGCAGUGAAGGCCGCCCCUCCCCUACGGGACCAAUGGGGAGGUUCCACAUGCCGUACGAGCCAGAGAGCUUCGGGGACAAUCUGUACGUCUGCAUUCCCUGUGACAAAGGCUUCCCGAGCUCAGAGCAGCUCAAUGCACACGUGGAGACACACACAGAGGAGGAGCUGUACGGCAACUCCGGUGGGGAGAUGGGAAACAGCAAUAACAGCAGCACAAAAAACACCAGCAGCAAUACAAACGGCUACGGGAGCCUGAAUAGCAGCAACAGCUUGAGCAGCCUGUCCCACCUGGAGUCCAAGUCAAGACAGGGGCUGAAUUCAGGGGCCCUCGGGGAGAUGAUGCGACCCUACCGCUGUUCCAACUGUGAGAAGUCCUACAAAGAUCCGGCCACUCUGCGGCAGCACGAGAAGACCCACUGGCUGACGCGGCCGUACCCUUGCAGCAUCUGUGGCAAGAAGUUCACGCAGCGUGGCACCAUGACGCGCCACAUGCGCAGCCACCUGGGCCUGAAACCUUUCGCCUGCGACUCCUGCGGCAUGCGCUUCACCCGCCAGUACCGCCUCACCGAGCACAUGCGCAUCCACUCCGGAGAAAAGCCCUACGAGUGUCAGGUGUGCGGGGGAAAGUUCGCCCAGCAGCGCAACCUCAUCAGCCACAUGAAGAUGCACAGCAGCGGAGGGGCCGCGGGGGGCCUGACCGCAGAUCUGAAACUGAAGCUGGACUUUGCGGAGGGCAUCUAUCCGCUGAGUAAAUACACAGCAGAGCACCUCGGGCUGAAGCAGGAGAAGGCCAAUGAACUUCACAUCCAGGCUCAGCAGCUGGUGGCUGACGGAAAGGCCUUGGAGAGCCUCUACCCGCUGUCCAAGCUGGCCGCGGAGCACCUGGGCCUCACCCACGACAAGAUGGACGUCCUGGGCCAGCCCCUGCCCGCUCUCUCACAGGCCCUGGAAGCCCGCACCAUUGACCGCUACUCACCCAGCUAAGACAUGUGACCUGUCGCCAAUAGGUCUGUGUGCACACACAACUUGCAGUAUUCUAAAGCCAUUCACCUCAGUAUCCUCCUCUGCACCUCAGACUCAGGCCACAAGAAACUGGUCUGCUAGUGCACACCAAAGCGUUUAGACUGUCAGUGCCUUUCUAUGCAUCUAAUGUAUCUUAAAAUCCUCCUUCAUAAAGGAAGUCUGUGCUAUUCCAUGACCAGGAGACACUCACUCAAAGAAGUACAGUAUUUAUGUACAGCGUAUAUAUGCAAACAAACAUUUCUUCUUUUUUAUUUUUUUUAUUUCAGCCAUUGAGCCAAAGUUACAAAUUGAAAACCAAAAUGAAAUUGUUUUAUUUAUUUUUGUAUCACGAUGAAAUCCAAAGAGAAACUGUUGCAAGGAAACUUUGCAAUCAGACCCUAAACCUGUGUACUAUUGAUCCUCAUCUGUGUACAAGAAAUGACAACAACAAAAAAGCACAUAAGGACAAGAUCCAGGGUUUGUGUCCAGACCUGAGCGGAACUUUUAUCAAAUGAAUAAACCAGCUCUCCUGGACUUUAAAAUAAUGGGAGAAUAUA